GAUAUAGAUGUGUGUAUAGAUAAUAUCAGUAAUAUCACAUUAUCACAUAAACAAAGCUGAUUUUAACAUGGAACUAAACGAAAAUGCCGACGUUUCACUCGAACAAAUAAUACAAAAAAAUAUCGCCAAGUGGCAAGAUGCUGAAAAUCCUUUAGCCCCAUUAACAGAUUCCCAAUGGGAUAUUUUAUAUCAAAUGGAAGAUGUUGUUAAACAAUUAUAUUAUCAACAACCAACUGAAGAUAUUACCCCAACUGGUAAAAAGAACAUUGAAACCAACAAUGAUUUUAUUUCCUGGAUGGUCGACAUUGAAAAUGAAAUGCAAGAUGAAAGUCAACGCGACUUACUCGUUUAUUUUAGUGGGUUAAACAUUCAGGCGAAACAAUGUAACGAAUUAUUACAAAAAACUGAAAAUGUUUUGGAAAGUUUAAAUGAUUUGGGGUUGCGUCAUGAACGUGUUGUUGCAAAAACAGAAUCUUUGCAUGUUUUAAGUGAAGAAUUAAUGACUUGCCAAGCAGAGUUAAAACAAAAAUCUAUUGAUGUUGAAGAAAAGCUGAAAUAUUUUAUAGCAUACCCUGGAUUAAGUAAUGGCGUCGAAAUGUUAGCUAAUAAUGUGAAUAGUGUUGAAUUUAUACAUGUUUUAGAACAGAUUGAUAAUGCUUUAAGAUAUUUAGAGAAUUAUUCAAAAUUUAAAGAAACUUACAAUUUCAAAUUGAAAUACGAAAAUUUAUUGGUUGUCGCUUUACAAAAUGUGUUGAAAGUUUUUGAUCAACACGUUUCCGAAGCUAGCCAACUCCAUGGAAACGAAAAUAAAAAUUUGUUGAAUGUUAGUACAGAUGUCGAUGUUAGUUUAGACUCCGCGUUUGCAUUUUAUUAUGGGAAAUUUGAAAAUGCUGCCGGAAAACUUUCAAAAAUCACUAAAUAUAUUGAAGAAAACGCAGAAAAUAAUAAAAUGUACAAUAGAACUCUUUGGGAUUGUCAAAAAUCGUAUUUUGCUCAACGUUCUGCAAUAAUGUCGGGUGCAGUAUCGGUAGCGUUGUUAGAUUUGAAAGAAAAACACAAAAAUGAUCACAGCAUUUUAUUCCGAUCCGCGGUUUUAUUCAUCAUAAAAAUCUGUCAAGAUGAAGCAACAUGUUUUCGAUACUUUUUUAAAGGAUCUUCAACUCAAUUAGACGAAUAUCUUGUAAUGUUGUGCCAAAAUUUAUAUGAUGUUCUCCGUCCUUGUUUAAUUAAUGUCCAUCAUUUAGAAGUGCUCACCGAGUUAUGUACAAUCUUGAAACAGAUGGUUAAUGACCAAAUUCAAAGCAACAAUUCGAUGGAUCAAUUAGUUGAAAUAAUAAUGCAAUUAGUACAUGAUGUUGAAGAACGUUUGGUGUUUCGUACAAAUAUUUUCUUUCAACAUGAUUUAAUAAAAUACGAACCUUCACCCGGAGAUCUAGCCUAUCCCGAGAAAUUAAAAGAAAUGGAAGACAUCACCGACGAAAUUGCCGAAAGACGAACUGAAUCGAGAAUGUCUACUGUUUCUGUUGAUUUAUGUGAUCGCGCCAAUGUUACUGGGAAUUAUACGGGACAAUUUCGAUCGUACACUGGGAAUUCCCCCGCUGAUCUUCACGGAAUGUGGUACCCAACCGUAAAACGAACCUUAGUUUGUUUAUCAAGACUAUAUUUCUGUUUAGACAAAGAAAUUUUUCAAGGUUUAGCUCAAGAAGCUUUAUUAAUUUGUACAAAAACCGUUGAGAGCGCAGCCGAUAAGAUAUCAGCAAGAAAAACUGUAAUGGAUGGCAAAUUAUUUCACAUAAAGCAUUUAUUAAUCAUUCGCGAACAAAUCGCACCAUUCCAAGUUGAUUUUACAUCGAAAGAAAUGAGCUUAGAUUUUAGCGGCGUAAAAACGGCGGCUGUCGGUUUGAUACAAAAACGGGAUAAAUUAUUUGCUUUGAGUAGCAACAAUGCGUUAUUAGAGUUUCUUUUGGAAGGUACGCCGAAAGUAAAAGAAUAUUUGGUCGAUUCUCGUAAAGAAAUCGAUAAACAAUUAAAAUUGGCUUGCGAAGUCUUCAUUUCCAACGCAACCGAACUUUUAAUAGGCGACUUAUUGGUGUGGAUUAAACGCGCCGAACACGUCCUUUCAAUAAUCAACGCCCAGACUAAUUCUCAAGCAUCACUGAGAGAGCAGGAGUUUGGGCGUCCAAAGAAUUUAUCCGAAAUUAUUUCCGGGACUUCGCGUUUAUUAAAAACGAAAAUACCCGACAUUCAAAAAGCUAUGCGGUUGUAUUUGGCUAAUAGAGAAACCGAAUUUAUUUUAUUCAAGCCGAUUAAAAAUAACGUUUUGAAUUGUUUUCUUCAAGUCGAACAGAUCAUUACAACCGCUAAAUAUACGACUGAUGAUCAACUCUUAAUCGCUUGUCCAUCAACGGAACAAUUAAACGUUUUGAUUUGCUCCGUUUCGUUAACUACCGACGCUGAUAGAAGUCAUUCAAGAAGUUUUGAACCAUAAAGUUUAUGAUAAAGUUGCUCAAUAAGUAUUAAUGUUAUUAAAAGUUUAUUUUUUUGUUGAUUCACUUUUGUAAUGAAUAAAUUAUGUUUGAAA